AUCGGCUGCUGGUGGGGAUAUGGGGGUCCUACCGCAGCGCGCGCGCGUCAGAUAAUUACUUUGGCAUUAAUACUCGCAGCUUUGGAGAAACUUAUUUUUAGUUAGGAUGGAUGUGUAGUUGACGGUGACCAGAGUACAUAGCUAUCUCCUGAAGUUAGAAGCAAAAUUUAACUAAAGGAACCAAAGAUUCAUUCCGGAUGGAAAUUGACGAGGAAGAGAAAGUCCUGAUGAGUGGAACGUAUAGCUUUAACAACGAGAAUGGCGUAGUGGACUCACAGCCUUCCAGUAGGGGUACACUAGUAGUCAAGGAUCGAGAACAGUCGCCGGCCGCCUCGCAGACGACGCGGUCUGAACCUGGCGGGAAACAGGUCGGCCCUUCUGCGUCUUCUGUCCCAUUUGACGACGCCCAUUGUGAGAGGAACUGGACGCAGACUCUAUUUUCCUGUCAGUCGGAGGACAGAAAUCGAUGCAGUCUUUGUUGUUGCUGGCCCUACCACAAAUACAUGGUGGCUACUCGGCUUGGCGAGACCCCGUUCAUGGCCCUUAUUCCGUGUGCUGCCUUCGCCCUCAGAAUCAAAGUUAGGACACUGUUUGGUAUCAAGGGCUCAUUACUAGGAGAUUUCUGGGCCUCCAUGUGUUGCGAACCUUGCGCUGUGUGCCAGAUGACGUCAGAAUUAGACUCUCUCGGACUUUGAAUAACAUCUCUACUAAAAUAUCUAAGCGCCAUAUCAAACUGAUAUUUAUAUAUUCUGCCGUCGUUGUCAACUAACUUAUUAAUUAUUAUUGCAUGUUUUAAUCAGAAUGUUACUUCAGGAGUAACGAUCGUAGUUGCGUUGUGACUAAAACUUGCAAUAUUGUGCCUUAGACUAUGUCAUUACCCAAUCAGCGUGCGGUUUGGAAUCACGUGUUAUAUUAAUGAUAUAAAAAGGACAGCGAACAUCAUUUUACAUUGAAGACUCUAUUCGGUUAAUUUCCAAAGCAUGGUAAUGGUCGUGUUUAUCGUUACAGUCUUAUUUCUGAAUCUUGGUUUCAAAUUUUGGGUAUAAUAACAACUCCUACAUUGGAGUUAUUGUUAUUUGAUAUAUCUCUAAGUAAUAUUGUUUAUCAAUAAACUGUUUAUUACUUAUUAAAUCUUAUAUGAGGA